AAUCCUCGCUAGAUAAAAUACGUUUUUUUAUUUUCACGACGUGUGGCGACCUUUGUUGCGUCACGCGUGAUGUCACGCGGCUCGCGUGUCUUCUGGGAUGAGGCUCGGCGUGUGUGCGCGCGUGCGUGCGUGUUUGUUACGCCUUUAGUUUAGUCUGUAUCCGUUGUAUGGCGUGUGUUGUUCCUUAUCGCUGGGUCUCGGAGUCAUUAGAGGAUUUACAGUGUAAACAUCUCGGAACAGGAAGUGGGAUGUGACACGGUCACGCGCCUCGGGCACGCGCGUAUAUAAACACACGUGAGCGAUGGAAUCCGCUACACUGGAUUCGCCUUGUGCUGGAACACCGAGAGCGGCCCGUCGUGUGGUGAUGUAGCGGCUGUGGGGCGGUUUACUGUCCUGACGAAGCGCAUAAUGGACUCGGUAACGCUGGAGCCCGUGCGCGCCGCCGGGAGCCCGUGCGCGCUCCUCAACGGACCGGGGAGCGCGCAGCAGCACGCGGGGACGCGCGCGGGACCUCUCGGGUGCGUGCCGCUCUCUCACCAGGUCGCGGGCCACAAGUACGGUGUGGACAAAGUAGGUAUACUGCAGCAUCCCGAUGGUACGGUACUCAAGCAGCUCCAGCCUCCACCCAGAGGGCCCAGAGAGCUGCAGUUCUACAGCACGGUUUAUGCCAAGGAUUGCUGCGAUCCCUGCUUACUCGAGCUGCAGCAGCAUCUUCCCAAAUACUACAGCACCUGGUCUUCUCCUGACAGUCCAACAGAGCUGUAUCUGAAGCUGGAGGAUGUCACACGCCGCUUCCAGAAGCCCUGUAUCAUGGACGUGAAGAUCGGCCAGCGCAGCUACGACCCCUUUGCCUCGCAGGAAAAGCGUGAGCAACAGAUAAGGAAGUACCCCCUGAUGGAGGAGAUUGGCUUCCUGCUGCUGGGGAUGAGGGUGUACAACGUGGGCCUGGACAGCUUUGACACUUAUGACCAGCAUUAUGGACGUGGUCUGAUGAAGGAUACUGUCAAAGAUGGCCUGUGUAAGUUCUUCUACAACGGCGACCGCCUUCGGCGCGACGUUAUUACUGCCAGCGUCGCCAAGGUCCAAAGCAUCCUGCGCUGGUUCGAGAAGCAGAGGCAGUUGAACUUUUAUGCCAGCUCCCUACUGUUCGUCUAUGAGGGCCUUCCCUCGGCCCCAGAGGACAAACCCGGCACUCUGAGCCUGCAGAAGAACAAAGGGGUUCUGGAGUACAACAACAACAUCGAGCAGAGCCUCUCCACCAUGUACACCCUGCACAAGAGCCACCAUCCCAGCACGCAGGACAACAGCGCGUGGCAUGACCUCCUCACUCCAAGCGACGCCUGCGAACAGGAGACCAGAGUGCAGGAGCUGCCCGAGGUGGAGGUCCGAAUGAUCGACUUUGCCCAUGUCUUCCCCAGCGAGGUCCACGACCACGGCUACAUCUACGGCCUGAGGAACCUGCUGAAGGUCCUGCAGCAGAUACUGGAUGACUGAAAGGUUCUCCUCAUGGUUCUUCAGCCAUAACACACUGCUCAUCUCAUCAGAGAGGACAUUUAUAAAGUUGUAGCUACUCUUUCAUUCCUCUCUCCCUUAUUCAGGUCCUGCACUACGUGGACUAUGAUGAAGUAACCUGUUUGAAAAAGCUUGGUGUUCUAGUUGCUCUUUACGCGCCUGGGUUUUUUUUUCCUCUUUUAUUUUUCUAUAAAGUGUUUUCUCAGGUAAAUCCAUUGCAUAGUUAUGCAUAGUAUCUUUUAUUUUUUUCCUCGCGAUGGCAGAAAUUAAAUUCUCUCACCUUUGCACACCACAGCGUCUUAACCCCAUCUCUGUUAUUAGCUCGUAUUUAAUUCGUAUUGAUUUUAAUUCAUUUUUUAUGUAGAGUUGCUUAUUGACGUCUGCCGAUGCUAAGAGUUUGUUCCUUUAUGCCGUGCUGCCAUAAUGACCCCUGCCUGUGGUGAUUUUUUUUACACAUUAAUUCCCGCGUAUAAAUACGUUCUUAUAUUUUUUUGUGAUGUAACCACGCAGAAAGCUGAAGCCCAGAGGAAUAAAGAAAAAAUGGAGAAAUGAUUUAUAUCAAAACAUCAAGACCAGGAUUCUCAGACCAGGACAGCUAUUUUUUUUUUUCUUUAUUCUUUCAUUUUUUAUUAUAUUUAUAUAUUAACAAAAUUCUGUUGCAGCUUUUAUUUUUAAAUCCUUUUUAAGUUUUAGGGCAUUGCUAAUUUUCUAGAGAUUCUCAUGUAGGUGCGUAAUCACUGUAUACGAGUCUGUGAAAUGUUGUUCCUCAUCUCAGAGCUGAUAUGAUUCGUUUCUUUUGCUUUUGUUCUGCUUUUUUAUUGAAAACAAAAAUCUGGAACUUGUUCUUUUGGCAGUAGAGUUUUGUUUGGAACAGAUAUGUAAUAUGUCUCAUGUCCUUGUCUUAUGCUGAACGACUGCCGCCAUGUUGGACUCGAAAGUCUGAAAACCCCGAUCUCACAUUCCUGUCAGUUUAAACAGAACAAGGGCACGUUUUUUGCACGUCCCCCAAAACUCCCCCGAGAAGAAAGGCGAGCUCUGAAGGAGAAAAAAAAAAGCAAAAUUGGAACGACGACGUCUUCGGACAAAGUUGACAAAUCUACCUGUGUGUCUAAUUCUCUGGCUCCUGUCUCGCUCUCAGGAAUGUAUUAACGUUGCAAGGACAUCAAAGCAGUCGAGACGUCCGUAUGCAAGAAGGAAAAAGGCCGUGGGCCGGUUUCAAGCUACGAUGCGUUUGUUCUGUACCAUGUGGCGUUAAAUCUAGGAUUUUGUUUGCAUUCCAGUUUUCAGUGUUCAGUCCUGCUCUUACAUUUACAGCAUUUAUUUUUAUUCAUGCACUGAAGUGGAAAAAUACUGUAUGAUUUGUAAAUCAACCUUCCUGCUGUGAACUAAUCCGUUCAUCCGUAAUUUAGUUUGAAAUCUUAUUCUCUCUUAUUAUUAUUAUUAUUAUUAUUAUUAUUAUUAUUAUAAAUUUUUGAAUGGUUGCACCUGACUGACAUUUGCGCUGGUGCUCAGAGCACUUUAAUGAUUUUGCUAGACUGGAUUUUGCCUUUAGAACUAGUUUAAUUUCUGUAAAAUAAAUAAAUCCAUCUUACCUUUGAAAUGUUUCCAAACAGAAGAAUUAAACUUUAACAUUUUUGCAAUCUACUACUUAAUCUUUUUUUUCCUGUGGAAGGUAAAAGGAAUUUUUUUUUCUAUUUACAUUCUCAAAAAAAUAAAAAGGAAAAAAAAUGAAAUCAGGGUAAAUUUAAUCAUGUUAUGAGGAUCGUUGCUGUGUAUAAUCGACCUCAGCUGUCCUGUAAUCCGCAGGCUUCAUCUCCAUGUUUAAAACCAGGCCGUGAAGCUGCAGGGUCACACAAUCAAACCCGGUUUUACUGGAAGGAGUUGAACGGUUUUCACCAUGUGAAGCUGAAACUCUAAGAGAUCCGUACUGGACUGACCGUGACUCAUGUGAACCCUGUUCUUAAUAAACCAAACUAAUUCCAGUUUUUUUUUGUUAUAUAUCUGUAUAACAUUUAAUAAUCAGACUCAUAUAUUAGGUGUAUAUUUGGCAAAUCUAUCAUUAUUAAUAAAAAUUGCUCUUAAUAA